AUGGACACAUCAAGCCCUGCAGUUUUUUUAGAUGCAAAGUUGUUGCCCAUGUAUAUGAGACGAAGGGUUCGGGCAGUAAUUCAGGUUGUGCAACCUAAUGGUGGUGGUGUUGUUAGAAAAUCUACAGAUAAAAAACAGUUGGUUGUAAAAGGCUCACCACCAUUGCCUCUUAUUACAUAUGUUGAGGUGAUUGGUAUUGCUGGCAGUAACCAAUCCAUCCAUGCUGAAAUAUGGACCAACUUUGGUGAUACAUUUGACAUGUACAAUUAUAAUCAGCUUUGCUUACUUGCAAAUGGAGAAUAUAAGCACUUGUUUAUCUGA